AUGAUGAACACUGCCCUCUUCUCUCUCAUUGCAGUAGGGGCUGCGCAUGCCACUUCAGUGGAGCCCCGAGCCAGCGGGAUCCAAGGCUUUGAUAUAUCUAGCUACCAGAGCUCUGUGGACUUUUCCGCAGCCUACGAUGCCGGUGCUCGAUUCGUCAUGAUCAAGGCAACAGAAGGGAUAACCGGUAUCGAUUCGUCCUUUUCAAGCCACUACACCGGUGCCACCGGCGCCGGGUUGAUUCGUGGUGGUUACCAUUUCGCUCAUCCUGACAGCAGCUCUGGCGCAGCUCAGGCCGAAUACUUCCUGGCGAUGGAGAGACUCUACCUGGCAUGGUGGACCUCGAGUAUAACCCAUCGGGCUCUACUUGCUAUGGUCUGA